AUGCGGGAAGCCAUUAUGAGCUCAGGCUCUGUAGUCUAUGACAGCGACACAGCAAGUGAGGAACGACCUCCAUCACAACCCGCACGAACCAAGAUUCAUGCAAAUUUCCAAGUGGCCCGCCCGGCCCCAAAAUCAUCACUCAGAUUGGCACCAAAGCUCCUUUUACAAAUUCAACAAAUCGCCUCCAAUCACCGUCCAGUACCAGUCAUGGAAAUAUGGCAACCGCCUUUCCGCAAAUCAAAGCUUACUCGGGGAUUUCCCCAGCGACCUAAGUUAAGGUCCGGCGACAUCUACGCCACAACCAAUGAACCCUAUUUUAUGGAUACCAAUGCCCUUCGGGCACAUUCUACCAACUCCGCCUCGCAGGACGAGAGCGAUGGGAGCUGUACGCCGCACAGGGACAUCGUUGCGGCCCUGUGCCAAUGUGCAUCGUCGAGCGCUGAGACGCCGACUUCGUCUAUUCACUAUCGCGAUGCGCGGUCUUGUUGGCAGGGCAGCGCGGGCGUUGCAGGGGUGGAGAAGACGCCAUGUUACCGGUUCACUAUUAAGAAUGAGCAAGAUGGAAACCAGGAUGCUGGAAACCUUGGAAGAAUGAUCUUGCAAUUCGAGAAGCGCAUUUCGACGGGCAAAGAGAAUGGGCCUGAGUCGGAGCAGUUUGUUUUGUUUCUUAUUGAUCGGACGGCGAAGAGAAAAAGUCGUCUGGCUACGAUGACGAGGAGCGGCGUGGAGAUUCUGGUGCGGAAGAGCUCUGUCAUGGAGCAUCUGCAAAUAUGUAUGGAUUUGACUGAUCCUGUGCCGAAUACCAGCGGCGCCAGUGCCCACGAGGCAUUGGAGACAUGGUUGUAUACGCAAGUUCUUACGCUGGGCGUGUGCGUUGCCCAACAAGCGGGCUGGAAUUUCCUGGACAUAUAA